AAAAAGUAGAAGAAGAAAAAUGAGAAAAAGAUAAAAAUUUACAAGAAAGAAAAUAAUUCAAUUGUUUAAGUGUUGCUGGUGUCUACAAAAUCAUAAAACAUGGACAGCGAUGAUGAUUUGGGUAUGGAUCUUACCGGCAUAUUGUUCGGAAACAUAGAUUCCGAUGGCCGUCUAUUGGAUGAUGAUGAUGGGAAUGGAAAAUUUGAUGCCGAGUUUAGGGAAAAUCUUGGAUCUCUGUCAAAAUUGGGCCUGAACUCAAUGCUAAAUGAGGUAAUAACCGAUCAUGAGGCUGAGGAGGACACCACCACGACGAAUACAAAUGAGGGCGACUUUGAUUCCCUCAAAGGAGACGCAAAAUCAGAUGGAAACGAAGAUGGUCUCAUCACAGCUCAAGAAGACGCCAUCGAUUAUUCAGAUAUUGCGGAGCUAUCCGAAGACUGCCCGGUGGAGGAGGUCACGUCACUGGCGUCUUCCUCGUCAGCAGUGGAUCUAGAAGACGCCAUUCCUGCCUGCAAAGUGGAAACCAAAACAACUAAAGAUGACAAGGAAUUGAUGCCGCCGCCAAGUGCGCCCACACGUUCCGCUGUAAACGAAGAAAUUGUUAAAACGGAGACCACUGCUAGUGGUGAAACCAAAAGUCAGGAUGCCAAAGAUGCCGAUCGCAAGCUGGACACCCCUUUGGCUGAUAUAUUACCAUCGAAAUAUCAAAAUGUGGAUGUACGUGAACUUUUUCCGGAUUUUCGGCCACAAAAGGUUUUGCGUUUUUCACGUUUAUUUGGUCCGGGGAAACCCACAAGUUUGCCUCAAAUUUGGCGGCACGUGCGAAAGCGACGACGCAAACGGAAUCAAUCCCGAGAUCAUAAGCCAACUACUGCUGGAUCAGAUUCACCCAGUGACUCGGAAGAGCCAAGACGUCGCCCUGGCAAAGGAUUUGAUCUUCAUUUUGCACCUGACCCAACGCCCGCCGAUUGUGUGUCCGAUGACGAAGACAAAUUGCUUGGAGAUUUGAAUAGCGAAGAUGUUAACAACCAGGAGGGUCCGGAAAAUGGAGAAAAUGGUGAUCAGAAACCGAAGGUGGCUGAUUGGCGAUAUGGACCGGCUCAGAUCUGGUAUGAUAUGCUCGAAGUCCCAGAUUCUGGAGAGGGGUUUAAUUAUGGAUUCAAGACCACAAAGAAUCAAGUAAACAGUCCCGAGAAUGAAAAUGCAGAGAAGAGGGACCCAUCCAUAGCGGAUGAUGCCUUUCUGAUGGUCUCCCAGUUGCAUUGGGAAGACGAUGUGGUCUGGGAUGGCAAUGAUAUCAAGGCCAAAGUUAUGCAGAAACUUAACUCAAAGACAAACGCUGCAGGCUGGCUACCCUCCAGCGGUUCACGAACUGCUGGAGCCUUCAGUCAACCGGGCAAAAGUUCAUUACCCGUCGGCAGUGGUGGUGGCGGUAAUGCUGGCACCAGUGGCGGCAAUACCAAAGGAGGAGGAAACUCUGCCGGUUCUAGUAAGAAAUCGCAGCAGAAUAGUGUCCAAGCUAAGCAAUCGGCACAACAACAAGCUGAGGCCGCAGAUGAUACUUGGUACAGUCUAUUCCCCGUGGAGAAUGAGGAGUUGAUCUAUCACAAAUGGGAGGACGAGGUCAUAUGGGAUGCCCAGCAAAUGAGUAAAGUGCCCAAGCCAAAGGUUUUGACACUGGAUCCAAAUGAUGAAAACAUUGUUUUGGGAAUCCCGGAUGACAUCGAUCCGUCCAAGAUAAAUAAAAACACUGGGCCUCCGCCCAAGAUUAAAAUUCCGCAUCCUCAUGUUAAGAAAUCCAAGAUUUUGUUAGGCAAAGCGGGUGUGAUCAAUGUCCUGGCAGAGGAUGCUCCACCACCGCCACCCAAAAGUCCCGAUCGUGAUCCUUUCAAUAUAUCCAAUGAUACAUAUUAUACACCCAAAACGGAGCCGACUUUACGUCUGAAAGUUGGUGGCGGUAAUCUCAUUCAGCACUCUACUCCUGUGGUGGAAUUGCGUGCUCCGUUUGUGCCCACACAUAUGGGACCCAUGAAAUUGCGAUCUUUCCAUCGUCCGCCAUUGAAGAAAUAUUCCCAUGGUCCAAUGGCCCAGACCGUUCCCCAUCCGGUUCAUCCAUUGCUCAAGACAAUUAUGAAAAAAGCCAAGCAACGCGAAGUGGAACGUAUUGCCUCAGGUGGCGGAGAUGUAUUCUUUAUGCGCAAUCCCGAGGAUCUUAGUGGCAAGGAUGGCGACAUCAUUCUGACUGAAUUCUGCGAGGAGCAUCCUCCACUAAUGAAUCAAGUGGGCAUGUGUUCCAAGAUCAAAAACUAUUAUAAACGCAAAGCCGAAAAGGAUAGUGGUCCACAGCAUUAUGUGUACGGAGAGGUGGCAUUCGCCCACACCAGUCCAUUCCUAGGCAUCCUUCAUCCGGGACAGUGUAUCCAAGCUUUAGAGAAUAACAUGUAUCGUGCUCCCAUCUAUCAGCAUAAGAUGUCGCACAAUGAUUUUCUAAUUAUACGUACACGAUCCGGUUAUUGGAUACGUGCAGUAAAUGCCAUUUUUACAGUCGGCCAGGAGUGUCCACUGUACGAGGUUCCUGGACCAAAUUCGAAGAGGGCUAAUAACUUUACCAGAGAUUUUCUACAGGUAUUUAUCUAUCGGCUGUUCUGGAAUAGUCGCGAUAAUCCACGUCGCAUCCGAAUGGAUGACAUUAAGCGAGCUUUUCCCGCCCAUUCUGAGAGCAGCAUACGCAAACGUCUUAAACAAUGUGCGGACUUUAAGCGCACGGGCAUGGACUCCAAUUGGUGGGUAAUCAAACCAGAGUUUCGCCUACCCUCCGAAGAGGAAAUUCGUGCCAUGGUCUCGCCGGAGCAAUGCUGUGCAUAUUUUAGCAUGAUAGCAGCAGAGCAACGUUUGAAGGAUGCCGGUUAUGGAGAGAAGUUUUUGUUUGCCCCUCAAGAAGAUGACGAUGAGGAGGCUCAACUCAAACUGGACGAUGAGGUCAAAGUGGCGCCUUGGAAUACCACUCGUGCCUAUAUCCAGGCCAUGCGUGGCAAGUGUUUGCUGCAACUGAGCGGUCCCGCCGAUCCUACAGGCUGUGGCGAGGGUUUCUCCUAUGUGCGAGUGCCCAAUAAACCAACGCAGCAAACCAAGGAGGAGCAAGAAUCCCAGCCCAAACGGUCUGUGACGGGCACUGAUGCAGAUUUACGACGUUUGCCCCUCCAACGUGCCAAGGAGUUGCUGAGAAAAUUCAAAGUUCCCGAGGAGGAAAUUAAGAAACUAUCACGUUGGGAGGUUAUCGAUGUGGUCCGCACCCUAUCCACUGAAAAGGCCAAGGCUGGUGAGGAGGGCAUGGAUAAGUUCUCACGUGGCAAUCGAUUUUCUAUAGCCGAGCAUCAGGAACGCUAUAAGGAAGAGUGUCAACGCAUUUUUGACCUUCAGAAUCGUGUCCUGGCCAGCUCGGAAGUGCUAUCUACCGAUGAGGCCGAAUCAUCAGCCUCUGAGGAAUCUGAUUUAGAGGAGUUGGGUAAAAACUUGGAGAAUAUGUUGUCCAACAAGAAAACCUCAACGCAAUUAUCACUGGAGCGGGAGGAGCAAGAGCGCCAGGAACUGCUACGUCAACUGGAUGAUGAGCAUGGCGAUGGUGCAUCAAAAGCGGCCAAAGCCAAGGAAGAGGCAGCCAAUCAACAGCCAUUAAAUAACAACAAUCAGGGAAGAAUAUUGAAGAUCACUCGAACCUUCAAAGGAGCCGAUGGCAAAGAAUAUACCCGAGUGGAGACAGUGCGCCGUCAGCCGGUGAUCGAUGCCUAUAUAAAGAUAAGAACCACCAAGGAUGAGCAAUUCAUCAAACAAUUCGCCACACUCGAUGAGCAGCAGAAGGAGGAAAUGAAGCGAGAAAAGCGUCGCAUACAAGAGCAGCUGCGUCGCAUUAAGAGGAAUCAGGAGCGGGAACGUUUGGCCCAAUUAGCCCAGAACCAAAAACUCCAGCCCGGUGGCAUGCCCACCUCUUUGGGAGAUCCCAAGAGUUCUGGUGGCGGCGGUCAUAGUCACAAGGAGCGCGGUGAUCAUGGUCACAAGGAGGUCAGUCCAUCCCGCAAGAAAUUCAAAUUGAAACCAGAUUUGAAAUUGAAGUGCGGUGCUUGCGGCCAAGUGGGUCACAUGCGAACAAACAAGGCUUGUCCCCUCUACACCGGAAUGCAGAGCAGUCUCUCGCAAUCGAAUCCUUCGUUGAACAACGACAACGACGAUUUGGAUGAUGCGCAUAGCGAGAAGGAAAUGACAAUGAACGAUGAUGAUGACCUGGUCAAUGUGGAUGGCACUAAGGUCACUCUAAGUAGCAAGGUGCUUAAACGUCAUGGCGACGAUAUGUCAAAGAGGCGUAGUGGUGGCAGUCAGUUUACUCUCAAGGUUCCACGCGAAGGUGGUCUGGGCAAGAAGAAGCGCCGCCUGGGCACGGAUCUUCAUUGUGAUUAUCUACAGCGGCAUAAUAAGACAGCUAAUCGACGACGCACCGAUCCGGUUGUUGUUCUCUCCUCUAUCCUGGAACUUAUCUUGAAUGAACUGCGAUCCAUGCCAGAUGUUUCACCAUUUCUGUUUCCUGUAAAUGCCAAACGGGUGCCUGACUAUUAUCGUGUGGUUACCCAGCCCAUGGAUUUGCAAACGAUGCGGGAAUACAUUCGCCAGCGUCGCUAUACAAGUCGCGAAAUGUUCUUGGAGGAUCUGAAGCAAAUUGUCGAUAACUCCAUGCUUUAUAAUGGGGCGCAGAGUACUUAUACAGUGGCCGCCCAGCGUAUGUUCUCCAGCUGCUAUGAGUUGCUGGCCGAACGCGAGGAUAAACUUAUGCGCCUAGAGAAGGCCAUUAAUCCUUUGCUGGAUGACGACGAUCAGGUGGCAUUGUCGUUUAUUUUCGACAAACUUCAUACCCAAAUCAAACAACUUACCGAAAGUUGGCCCUUCCUCAAGCCGGUGAAUAAGAAACAAGUCAAAGACUACUACACGGUCAUCAAGAGGCCCAUGGAUUUGGAAACCAUUGGCAAGAAUAUAGAAGCUCAACGAUAUCAUAGUCGAGCGGAAUAUUUGGCCGAUAUUGAGCUUAUAGCCACCAAUUGUGAGCAAUAUAAUGGCAGUGAUUCGCGCUAUACGAAAUUUGCCAAGAAAAUUCUGGAAUACGGAAACGCUCAGCUGGAAGAGUUUGCUGAGCAUUGCACUCAUCUGGAGGAGAAUAUAGCCAAGACUCAGGAACGUGCCCGUGAGAAUGCACCCGAACUGGAGGAAGCCUGGGGUAACGAUGAUUACGAUUUCAGUCGGGGCAGUCGAGCCAGUUCACCAAGCGACGAUUACAUUGAUGUCGAGGGAAACAUUGGACAUGCAUCCACCUCUAAUGCUAUACACCGGAGUAUGGGUGCAGAUAGUAGUCUGCUGCACACCCCGGCACCAUCACGAAAAGCCCCUGGUCCUGGUCCUGGUACCGGCGAGGUGAAACGUGGUCGCGGUAGACCGCGUAAACAACGUGAUCCUGUUGAGGAGGUAAAAGCCCGAAAUCCCGUUAAGCGUGGUCGGGGUCGUCCAAGGAAGGAUAGCCUUGCCUCGAACAUGAGUCUAACGCAAGCUUACUUUCUGGAUGAAGAUCUUCAAUGCUCAACGGAUGACGAUGAAGAUGAUGAUGAGGAGGAUUUCCAAGAGGUAUCGGAAGAUGAGAAUACGGCUGCCAAUAUAUUGGUUCAAGGAGAACGCAUUAAUGCAGCAUCCAAUGAUGCCAUGGACUAUAUUGAUCCAAAGAAUAUAAAAACUGAAAUUGAGAUUGAGCCGCAGCAGAUGGCAGAGGAGCAGGAUGAGGAUGUUAGCCAGCAGGCAGCUGAGGCUAUGGUCCAAUUGAGUGGCGUUGGCGCCGGCUACUAUGCUCAACAGCAGCAAGAUGAAUCUAUGGAUGUGGAUCCCAAUUAUGAUCCAUCUGAUUUUCUGGCCAUGCACAAACCGCGUCAAAAUCUUGGGCUAGAUGCCACAACAGAGAAUCCACAGGGUGCCUUUUCCGAUUUUAUGCCACAUGUACAAGAUGAUAACGGUCAGCAAUAUAAUCCGCCAGAUUUGGGCGCCAGCUCCGGCCUGACAGUGCCUAGUCUUGAGGAUGUGUCGAUGGGGAUGUCCGCCGGUGCACCGGCUGCCCCUGCUGCCACCAUGGUGGACAAUGGCUUGGGCAUUGAUGAUGAUCUGGACAUAUCGGAGAGUGACGAGGAGGACAAUUCCUAUCGGAUAAGCAUCAAAAAAGAAGUUUUGGAAGAAGGUGACAUUCAUCAUCAACAUCGCCAAAUGCAGGCCCAGUCAUCGCAAUCACAAAUCUAUCUCUUGGACUCAUCCAACGAUCCUGGUGCACAGCCUGGAGCCAUGCUGGACUAUCAUCAGCAAUCGUUGGAAUAUCAGCCCAACCAAGAGCUUCAGCAACAGGCGUCACUAGCACCUGCUCCUGUCCCACAAUCAGAAGAGCAGCAAGGUGAUAAUGACUAUGCGUGGACUUUUUAAGAAAAUAGAAUUAAGAAUAAUGUUAUUUUAGGAAAUAUAACUUUUUUCACCAAAACCUAAA